GUGUGUGUGUGUGUGUGUGUGUGUGUGUGUGUGUGUGUGUACAUACUGUCAGUUUGAACUUUGACCCCUGCACCUGCUGUCAGGUGAGCGGAGCUGCUCAUGCUGUAAAUCCAACGGCUUCAAAGUUCACACACACAGUUCUUCUUCUAUGUUAUCGUCUGGUCCAGAGACAGAAACAUUCAGACUGUAUGUUGCUGUAUGUUUAAUAUAUAUUACUGUAUGUUUAUUCCACUAACCCGUCUUUGGAUCUCUCACUCUGUCUGAGAUUCUACAGCUGAGACCAUAAGGAGGACGAGCGCUGAAGCCAAUCAGGAUGGAGGGCGAGGAGGACGGGGCGGGGCGAGUCCGGGAGCUGCAGGAGCAAAGGAUGAUGGUCCAGAAGAAGACCUUCACCAAGUGGAUGAACAGUGUCUUCACUAAGAACGGGGAGAAGGUGGAGCUGACCGACGUCUACACGGAGCUGAAGACCGGAGUCGUUCUGAUUCGUCUGCUGGAGCUCAUCUCCAGAGAGACGCUGCCUCCGCCCAGCCGCCGCAAACUGAGAGUCCACUGUCUGGAGAACAACAGCAUCGCCAUCGGCUUCCUCAAAACCAAGGUAAUGACCAUAACCAUAACCAUAACCAUAACCAUAACCAUAACCAAGGUCAUUCAGAGUCCUUAACACCAAGGGAACUCACCUGUCCGUGUCAGCAGUAUAUAAAGUCAUUAAAAUGAUUAAUGAGUAAUGAAGAUAUUUUAGUUUUAUUAUAAUAUUUCGAGUGUGACCAAACUCCAGACUGAAACCUGCUGAAGUACUGUACCUGUCUGUCUCUGGAUGAGUUACAUGUGUAUUUAGUGUUAUUGUAUUUGGCUCCAUCUUGUGUUGGUGUUUCAGCAUUACAGCUGAAUGAACAAAAUAAAUAUAUGUCUAGCAGACAAUUUUUGAGAGAACAAAUUAAAUUCCUUCUCCUGCGACAGACUGACCUCCAGUCUGUUCCAAAGAGUAUUAGUGGUUUUAAUUAAUACUAAUCACCUUUUAUUAUCUGUUCAGAAUGAACCUUAAAGGAAGAUUUGUCAAGUAUUUAAUCCUCUUAUCAACAUGGGAGUGGACAAAUAAGCUGCUUUAUGUAAAUGUAUGUAUAUAUUUAUUAUCCAUUUUUUACCAAUGGAUUCUUCAGGUUUAUUAGUUUAAUAUGAUACCAGUAUCUUCACGCUAGCUUCAAAACUCAGCCACUAGAACCGCAACAAAAAAAGCAAAUUGUGUUAAAGGGACUGUUUUUUACUUUUUACACUUAUAAAUCUACCGGGUCGGUUUCACAUGCGCGCUCACAUAAGUGCUCACGUGUGUCUCCGCUGUUCAGACUCAGA